GACCAUUAGUAACUUCCGCAAUGGCAGCCUUCAUGGAUUUACACGUGAAACAUACCGACAAAAAGUUACUGAAAGAAAAACUUUGUCAGGCAGAAAGAUUGGGUUUUGAUGUAGUGGCCAUCAGCUGUUUUGUAGAGGAAUUACAAUCUACAUCAAAAGGGAAGAAGAAGCAGAAAGAUAACCAACCUAACAUCCCAUUGCCAGAGAAAGUGAUACUUAGCGAGGAUGACCUAAAAGAUAUAAAUUGGACAAGAAAAGCACCUCGGCAGUUGUCCAGAAUCUCAACUGUGAUCAACGAUGCUUCACAGACACACAAAUUGGCUCAAGUGGAUAUUCAGAGGUUUGAUUUGGUGGCCGUCCAACCUACUUCAGAGAAAACAUUCCAUCUAGCUUGCAUGACCCUCGACAUUGACAUCAUAAUUAUCGAUGUGACACAGAAACUGCCAUACUUUAUCAAACGUCCUUCAGUGAACACGGCCAUUGAAAGAGGUGUACACUUUGAGAUACAGUACAGCCCUGCCGUCAUUGAUACGAGUGCAAGGGUGGACAUGAUCCACAAUACACAAUCAUUGGUGUCUGUUUGUAAAGGCAAGAAUGUUAUCUUUUCAAGUGGAUGCGAACAGGCUUCUUCCAUCCGAGGACCAUAUGACGUUGCCAACCUAGCUAUGCUGUUCGGCAUGACACAAGCCCAGGGAAAGGCAGCGGUCUGUAGGAAUUGCCGAGCAGUAUUAUUUCAUGCAGAGUCAAGGCGUGCUUGUAAAUCCACCAUGAGUGCUGAGCCAGUAGCGAUAGUUACAACGACCCCUCAGCCGGUCGUUACCGAGUGCGAAGAAAAAAAAUCUUCUGAAAAGGCACUGACAAGCGACGAACAUUCUAUCUUAGCAACUUCAGAUAAUACAGUUGUUAUAUCAGAAAAUGUCAAAAGAAGAAAUGGCCUUGUGGACGAUGGUCCACCUGGGAAAAAGCUGAAAACGUGACUCGAGUUUUUGUUCAAGAAUUCAAAAAGGAUCAACAAAUUUUAUAGUAUUUGUGUUCCAAUAUACUGUAUUAUAUCUAAAUAAAUACCAGUCUUUCCAAUUGAACUUUCCAACUGUAAAUAGUCUAUCUAUGCAUACAACAUAUUAAAUAUCAAUUGGAAAACAUUCAAAAGGUGUAUAUUCGAUUUAUUCUCGGAGUAAUGUUAUAACGUAUAAAGCAUUUUCCUAAAACCUCUUGUUAUUACGCUCAUAUUACCCAUAUUUGUUAAAAAGGUAAUUUAUAACAAAUUAUUAAGUAUAAGCAGGUUCAAGCAUUUUCAAGUAACAUAAUUAUAUCGGAUCGGGUCUCGAGAGUUAUGAUUUAUUUUACUCUCAACUGGUCGGAUAUCAUAAGAAUUUGUCCUGGCUUAUCCUCGGAUGGCGUCAAUUUGUGUCUUUUCACGAUAUUUCCUUCUCGAUUAAAACGUCAAUCUUAAUCUUAAAAAUAUCAUUCAUAUACACAUGUUUUAUUCAAGCUAAGUGGAUGGACAUACCGAGAUAAGCUUCAUUUACCCAUAAAACACAAGCCAACAUGGGUCAGGAGCGUCGAACCACCCACUUCGCUUCACCUGCGGUUACGUUUGGCGACACUCUAAUCGUCAGAGUAAAUAACGGCCCCUUUUUAGUAGACAGUGAACUAACGUAUUGCUGACCUAUUAUUUUUACUGAUUCAUCACUUCUUCUUCCCAACGACAUUACAAAAGAGUAACACUAACAGUGCGUCUGUUCCAACAAACAUUCUUAUUUUUGGUUUCACUAUUCUUUUCGACUGUUGUGUAUACGCAAAUGAUUGAGUACAUGUAUUUAUGAUGAUUAUGCUAUAGCAUCCCGUGCUAAUAUAUUUUUUUCGCUGGAGUUAUGGCUCAUUUGCACUUAAAUUCUUAUAAUUGUUUUCCGUAAUUCUUAAGAAAACUGCUUGCCAUAUCAAUUUCUAGCUUUGUAUUUGACUUAAUCAUAAUGGAUUUCGAGUUCGAGUUGAGAUUCUGUAUCCAUAUUCUUAUUUAUUCUGGAGUUAAUUCUUUUCACAUAGGACAUUCUUAUAAUUAAGUACAAUAUAUUGCUAACACUGGUCACAUCAAUAUGUUACUUGAUACAGCACUUUUUCAAACGAAUGAAGGAUUUUUCAGUUCGAUUUUUAUACUUGUGUCAAAUUCCAUCUAUUGCUGGAGUAAUAUCACACACAGUGGAACCAUACAGUUAUGAUUACAUAUAAAUAUGUCCUCAGAUGUUGAGUGGACGUUAAAUUCCAUCAACCAGCCAUCUAGCAGCAGAAAGCAUGAUGCUUUUACACAUGGUGACCAUGAAAUGUUCAAAAUACACCCUUUCAAUUAACCUGCCGUAGGCAACAAACCCACU